GGCAACGGGACGCGGAUCGCGGAGGAGGUGGCGGCGGGUCCGGUCCGGCCCGGCCCGGUCCGGCCAUGUCGCGGAUCCUCUGCGAGUGGCUGAACCAGGAGGUGAAGCUCUCUCGGCGCGUCGUUCCAGGAUCAUUUCCAGAAGAAUUUUCAAAUGGCUACCUCCUAGGAGAAAUUCUACACAAAUAUGGUCUUCAGGAUGACUUUAAUCAAUUUUCCCAGAGCAGGGCUGCAGAUGCAAAAGAUAACAAUUUUUCUCGCCUGGAACCUACACUUCACCUCCUUGGUGUGCAGUUUAAUGAGAAUGUGGCCCAAGACAUCAUGACAGGACAGCAUGGGGCUGCAACAAAGCUUUUAUAUGAAUUGUAUGUUGCUUUAGAAAAAAAGAGAAAGUCAAAGCACCCUGGAGUAGUCAUGGAAGCGAUAAGACCCGCAGCAACUACAAGGCUUAAGUCUAUUGAGAGUGUUUUGUAUCCGGAGCGUUUGAAAACUUUAGUGCCACGUCAGGCUGAUUUGCAGCUACAGCAGAUUUCAGAGCGUUUUGAAACAAAAUCCAAGGCAGUAGCAGAUAAAAUAGCUCGUACACAUUUUGCAGAGCAGCAGAGAGCUCAGAAGCUCCAAGAAGAGCAGAGAGCUCAAGACAUUGAAAAGGAUCACAUAGGAAGAAGGAGACAAAAUGAAGUAGCGCACAGGAUUCAAAUAGCUGUUUUAAAGGUUCCAAAGCCUCCACCAAGACCCAUCAUAAAAGCUAUUGAAGCUAAAAAAUUGUUAAAGAAAAGAGAAGCAGAGAACGUAUACAAGGAAAUAGACAAGUUUGAGAAGUCUAUGGCAGGAAGUGCCUAUGAAUUACACAGCCAGGUGACUGACAGUGAUAUGCGAGAAUCAUUCCAAACACAAAAACUGCAAGAAGCAACUCAAGAAACUACAGCACAAACAAAAACUGAGCUGUUAAGUGUUUAUUCAGAUGGUGAAUAUAUAAGGAAAAUUCAAAAACGUUUAGAGGAAGAUACAUUUGCUAGAGAACAACGAGCAAAGAGACGACGAAAGAUGCUAAUGGACCAGUUACAAGCACAUGAAUCUGAAGAGAAGGCUUACCGGGAGGAUCAGCUUAUUUACAGACUAAUGAAACAAUCUCAGCACGAGCGGAGGAUUGCUACUCAACUCAUGCACGUUCGACAUGAAAAAGAGGUGUUAAGGCAAAACAGAAUCUUUAGGGAAAAACAAUAUGAAGAAAGACGGGAAAAAGAGUUCCAGGAAGCACUUGACAGAGAAGCGGCUCUUGCAAGACAAGAAAAUAUUGAUAAUGAAGAACAAAUAAUUAAAGAGAGAGAACAGCAUGAGAAACUUGCUGCUGAAAGAGCUCAGGCCCGCUAUGAAAAACAUUAUUCUAUAUGUUGGGAAGUGAUGGGCCAGAUCAUUGAUAUGUCAACAAAAGUAGGAGAAUAUCGUGAACUGACAAAGAACCGAGUUCCAUUAAAACUGAUGCUGGAUUGGAAGGAAUUUUUUUUAAAUGGAAAACCAAUAUAUGAACAAGCCUCAAUUCAACCUUUGCCAAAUGAACCUGGACCGGAACAACUUGUAGAGAUGAAUAAAAUGAGUCUGUUAGCUGAAAAAGAUUAUGGUGAAUACAAGAGUAUGACAGGGGAAUGGAGCCCAACUGAAGAGAACAGUGAAAACAAACCUCCUCUUAAUAAUAACAUAUUGGGUCACAUUCUUCGUAGACUGAUGGAUUUGUUCUAUCCUCCACAACCCAAACCUUCACCACGUGUACCUACUUCAUUUCCUAUCACGGGAUGUAUUUUGGGAAAAGUUUUUAGUGGAAAAACUACCUGUGCAAAGUUUAUUGAAAAAGUUUGCAAUAUUCAGGUACUAUCUGUUGAUACUCUGGUUCAGGAGGCCAUCCAGUCUUUUCUUAAAAAUGAAAGGAAAAGUGACUGUGAUAGGAUUCCACAUGAAGAGAGUUCUGUGGAACAAAGUAAGCUAUCUAUGCGUGCCCAGCUUGGCGCUGCAUCACAGAAAUGGUUGAAGAAAGGAAAAAGUAUUCCCGAUGAAGUACUAAUUGACCUCCUGUUGGAAGCCAUUAACCAAAUACCAGCGGAGAAGGGAUGGAUUGUGGAAGGGUUUCCAAUGACAAUUAAUCAGGCAAAGCUAUUUGACAAAGCAUAUACAGGGAAUGAUCCAGAAGAAAAAGAUGUGAUUUCUGGAAAGCUCUCACUUGCCAUAGAUCCCAGAGCCCCUACCAAGCCUCCUGUUAUCUCACCUGCAUUUGAUGUUUCUCUGUUAUUGGAUAUUUCAGACACUGUAGUAUUGCAACGUGCAGCUAACAUGAAGUUAAGUAAAUCAAAGUCAUCUCAAACUGAACAGGAAAACAGCCAUCAAAAUUCAGAUCCUGAAAUCCUAGAAGAGAAGAUUGACUUGGGCAAGGUCCAGGUCCUACAUAGAAUUUCAGGCUUUCUAGACACAUGGCCAAAAUUAGAGAAAUGGUUUUCAGUCCAUCAAAAUAUUCUAGUGAGUGUAAAUGCAGAGACAGAAGAAAGUCAUGUGUGUGAAACAGUGAAGGAGAUUAUAAUAGAAGAAAUUGCGAAAAAACAGAAUAGAAGGUCUACUCAAGAAAUAGCACCAGCAGAAGAAAAGCCUUUACCAGUUACAGAAGUAAAACCUUUACCAGAUACAGAAGAAACGCCUUUACCAGAUGCAGAUCAAGAUCUGCUUCCUCCCUCUUCUGAGACACCACCACCACCAAUAGAACCAGGAUCAGAUGAAUACAUUUAUGUAGAUGAACCACUUCCCCAGGAGAUAAUUGAUUUUAUAGUACCUUACUGGGAAAUGAUAGAAAAUGCAUAUAUAAAUACCAUCAAAGCUGUACUUAGAUGCCUAAGGGAUGAACAGUAUGCAGUGAUUCAUUACAUAGCAGAUAUUAGAAAAAGUUUCCAAGAUUUUUUGAAACGUCCAGAUCUUAAGCAGGAGUUUGUAUCUCAGUGGCAAGCAGAUUUUAAUUCUAUUUCUGAUGACCUUCGAGAUGAUGAGGAAACAAAAGCUGAACUACACCAAAGAGUUACUGACCUAAGAGAUCUUCUCUGGGAUAUCUGUGACAGCAGAAGGAAGGACGCAGAGCAAGAACGUAUUGAUAUCAUGAAUAAAGACUGGUUACCAGAUCAUAGGGGCAUUGCAAUGAACCAUUUCUUUUCACUUAUGCAGGUUGAAGUGGAUCGUUUCCAAGAUACAAAGAGAAUUCUUCAUGACUACUAUAGGUCAAUGGAAGGAAAAAUCCCAACAGAAGACAGUAAAGAUUUUACUAGAAUCCCAUUGUUAGAUAUUUUUGAUGUAGAGAAGAAGGAAGAUGUAGGGAAGGAAGAUGUAGGGCAGGAAGAUGUAGGGCAGAAGGAAGAUGUAGAGCAGAAGGAAGGUGAAGAGCAGAAGGAAGAUAUAGAGCAGAAGGAAGACGAAGACAAAUCAAGAAGGAUUCCUCUUGUUUCUUGGAAACCACUUUCACCAGAAAUUAAUACCAAGACAGAAAACAAUGGAACUCUGCAGGCAACUUCUAAUGUUGAGAAUUCUGAAAAUGGAGUGGCUGUUUGCAUGAGUGAUGAAAGGCUUAUUAUUUAUACAUGGCAAAAAGCAGUAACAGCAGUAUCAAAUAUGGUAACAGCUGAAAUAGAGUUUAGAGAAACGGAGGAAGAAGAAGAACGUCAGCAGCAAAAACUGAAAGAAGAUCCGAAACGCUCAGGCAAAGCUGCUGGGAAAGAUGCCAGAAAGCCUUCUGCCAAAUCAGUUGCUAAAAAGAAAGGAUCACGGAAGAAAGUCAGUGUAAUUCCUAUAGACCCAGAAGUAUUAAAGAAACAAGAACUGGCACUUAAAAUAAAACAAGAACAUCUAUGUGCCUUGAAACAUGAGGAGGCAGCCACAAAAUCUCGACUAGACCUUAUAAAAGAAAAAGCUUUAGCAUUUGUUGGAGACCUAAAAAUGAAAGCGGAAGAGGCUUACAGAGAUAUGGAAAAGUGGCUUGGAUCCACCUUCCUGGCAGAAAUGGCCAGUGUUGAAAAGCUAGUUGAGGCUGCACGAUAUCAUGUUGAGAGUUCUAGCAAAAUCCAGUAUGAAAUGACUUUAGAAGAAACAGAUUUCUUCAUCAAUGGUGAUGUAAAAAUGUUUCCUGACCCUGUUCCUGACCACACGAGUCCUGUUCCCGCACCACAAGUUCCGCGCAUAAAAACCUCUGGAAGUACUCUAACUAUUUCACAACUCACUAAGCUUCAUAAGCAGUUUCUACAGGUGGCACCUAAAGGAAUAUAAAGUUUUAAAGAACUGCCGAUUCAUCACAGACAACUUUGUACUAUCCUGCACACUUGGUUCUCCAUGGAAGCACAUUACUCUCCAUUCUAAGCACCGAUGGACAAAAAAAAACCCAGUUUAUGCCGGACCUUCCUACCUACUGACAGUCUUUCAUUUGAUAAGGAAAUAUUUAAUUUAUUUUUUUUACUAUUCCACAUGCCAUUACCCAGACUCGACACGGCUCUGCAGUAAUUGAAAAUUUCACUAACUCUUUUGUUCAAGCUGUUGACAGGGCUCCAAUAUAUUACAUCAGGAAUGCUUUUUUAUAGGAAAAGCUGUGGCAUGUGGAGCUACUAACACUUUUUUUAUUUUCUCUUCUGCAGUCUCUUUGGAUGUGUGCUCUUCUUAUCAACAAAAUUAAACUAACUAUCUAUCAAGUCUCAUCCCCUUUGAUUCCCUUCAGCACUAUGUUCUUCUUAUGACCACAUCUCUUGUCACUGCAAUUAGCACACAUACGGAAUGCCUUAGUUCUCCUCUAAAGGUGCUUCAGAAAAUGCAGUUUGGUUAUGGCUUUGCAUUACCAAGCAGAUCAAAUUGGAUUCUCUCCCAGACUAUGUUCUCCGUCUUAUAACUGAAUCGCACAGGGGAAUUUUAAAUUUUAUUAUGUUUUUCAUAGUCAUGAUCUUUAUGAACCAUUCCAAUUUAAAUAUAGAAGCCAUUAUUCAUCAGAAAUAAACUUCAGUCAUGUUUAAAAAAAUUUCUAUAUCAAAUAACAAAAAGUUUAAUAUAUUUAUAAAAUUAUUAAGUAGUCUGCUAAGAUGUGAACAUAAAGAAUAGCCUAUAACCAAAUUGUAUUGCUAUUUUUUUCAUAUUGUAGACUUGUCAGUUGAAUGUUACUGUGUCUCUAGAUUUGGAACAAACAGAUAUAUUAAAGUGUUCAUGUAAUUCAGCUGAAUUUUUACCUUUUUAAUAGAAUUUUUUUUAAUCAGAAUUUUAUGCUGACCCUGGAUAAUGUCUAUGGAUUAUACUUUCUCUUCCCAAACACUCUAGAAGCAAUUCGAGAUCUUACAUUAGUAAUCACUGUGACCUGACUUUGAUGUAUAUAGGGAUUGAAGUUCUUAUGUGAGCAUAGAAAUAGGUUCACCAUCUCUAACUUACAUUUUUUCAAGACUAUUUUCAGUGUACUUUUUGGAAACUUGAAAAUAAAAAGGUUAAGUUUAUAGAAAGAGGAAGUGUCUUUUACUAGGUGAAAACCUGGUAAUUCUACUGAAAGUUCCAUUUGCAGCUGCUGUUAUAUCUCAGACCAAAUCAUGUAUGUUACUUAAUUUCAGAAAUUUGCGACUGUUUGCUUAUGUUUAUAAAUCUGUGUAUCUAAUUACUUGUAUGGAACAUAUUUAACAUGGUUGUAUAUGUUUCUGUGCAUUUGAAUGCAUAUAUACCCAAUUUUAAGAUUUCAGUUAGCACAGCAGAGGACCUCACCCCUCAUUGCAUCUGUGCAGCAACAGAAAUAUCUUACUCUCUGUGAUUCUACAUUUAAAAUCCCAAUUCUUGGUAUUUAAUGAAGAUUGGACGUAUAGCAGAAUCAGUAAUAAUUAGAAAAUAAAUGAUGUAAAUAUUUACAGUGAAAUUCA